AUGUUCAAAAACAAAAAGCGUAAUGAUGACAUGAUUGAGAUCCUGACUGAGCUUCAUGAGAAAUAUUUACCACUUCUGAAGACCACUGAUGACUCUGGAAAUGAACAGGUUGAAAUCCUUCAAAGAUUAUUUUUUGGGGGAGACCAGCUGACUGAGGAACGUGCUUGCAAUGCCAGACAAGGGAAUCAGGUCAGUGUUUAGAGGAACAAAAUUAAGCCAGGGCUGUUAGGGGCAGGAAACGUCAGAUUUCAUUGGUCAGGGCCCCCUGUAACAUCCUUACAGAACAGCCUUGUAAGCAAGGUUACUAUUCGUGAAAAAAAAAAGAAAUUUUAAUACUACAGUAUGAAUCAUUUUAUAAAAUUUGCUGGAGGAAGCGAUUGUCAGGAGUUUGGAAAGAGACAAGUUGUAAUAAAUUGAACAGACAGUAAUAAAUAAUACAUUUGUUGGCCUUGAACAAUUAUAAAUUGUAAUUCAAUCUUUAUCAACAAGUCCUGUACGAUGUGUUCUUUAACCCAUUUGCUCCUCGACAUUUCGCCGAAAAACGUGUUUUGAAGCUAGUCGAGUGGUUUUCUGGUCACUGUCGUGCUAUAAAGAGGUAAAACUUACCACAAACUGGUUUACAGGUUGUACACUUCGCGGCCUUCUGAUCCAGAUGCAAAAUAUCAGCUUGCGAAGUUCGGGCAUGCGCAGAAAGAAAACUUUCGAGAUAGUUUUUGGGUUUGAAAGUGACACAGCAGUCUUGACUUUUUCUUUUCGCUUUCUCUCCUCCCCUCUUUUUUCGCAUUUCUUGCCUCAUUUUUUUUUUCUUGCUGGGCAUCUAGUAGGCUUCGUUUUGGUGGGAAGAGUUUCUAGGAAAGCUUUUAGGAGCUUAGGAUUAGGUGAAAGGGAAGGUAGGUGAGCAAUGGAACAAGAUUUUCAUGGAGAUUUUCAGGUCCAUGUCACAUGGUUUUUUGCUUCUUUUUCUGGUGUCCUUCACUGAAUUGUGCUCAUUCUGGUAUGGUUUGAAAAAUCUCUUCACUCUGCACAAGUAAGUGGACAGAGUUGUCCUUGACCAUUAAAACUGAUGACGGCACAAAGGGUAGAAACGACAUGGAUCCGCACGGGCGGUUACAGGCGGUUCAGGGGCGAAUGGGUUAAUUCCUCCUCUGUCUGUGAUGUAGGAACCAUGUGCAGCAACAUGAAUGUUACUAAUCAACUCAAUGCCAAAACAUCCAAUGUACUUGAUAAUUUUAAUUACUGCAAAAACUACGUUAAGCUUGAGACGGAUGCCUUUAUUGUAACCGCAACAAUGAAGCAUUUCGGAAUGACGACCUUAGAGGAUCCUGUUGAUCAGUUCAUUCCUGCGUCCAUCCUGCAAGGAACAAGAAGUACCAGACGACUUUGGCCUCAUGAGCAAGUAAAGGCAAUCUUGAAAAAAUAUGUCAUGGAUGAUCAAGAGCAAUUCCACCAGUCACUUAGAGAUGAAAUAAUAGAAAUGAACAGGCCAAAAGUGUACCACUGUAGUGCUUGUGGCAAGGAGUACAGAUAUCAGAAGGCAUGA